AUGUGAGGAAGCAGUAUGGAGCUCAAGAGGGGAAAGACCUUCAUAAAAUCCAGCGUGCAACAUGAGAAAGUGCCACCAGUGCACACAGUUCCUAUCAACAAAGAUGAUACAGGGAAAGACAAAAAGGCAGCUCUGGAGGGAAACCAAAGUGUAGCUGAAGUCCAGCUGGCAUGUUUGGCCACGCACAAGAACUACAGAUUUUCAACCAGAACAGCGAGGAAUGGGGCUGGUGACAACUGCCUGGAAAAAUCACCUGGGUCCUCCUACAAACUCGUAAGGAAGAGUAAAACCCAUGACUGUGUUACUGAGGCAGACAAAACAGAGGACUGCAGCCCCAGCAGCAUGAUUUGUGAGGAAGGUUUUUCUGGAAAGGGUAAGGGCCGACUUGUCAAUAGCAUCAGCUUUUCAGGGAUGUCCAGCUCCAGCAGUAAGAAAGAGUGUGUGGUCAGCCCCAGCCAGUCUGCAUGCAGCAGUCAGAUGAUCGAUUACAGGAACUUUGUGCCACAGAUGCCUUUUGUACCAGCUGUCGCAAAAACCAUUCCCAGGAAGAGGAUUUCCCUCAAGAGAUCUAAGAAAGGGCUCAGAGAUAUAUUUCAUAUAAAAAAAAAUAAACCAGAGAGCCUCACGUUCCUGGUUGAGAAGGACAAGAAUCUGUCCUCUCCAGGCUGCAAGAGUGAGUUGUCUGGGCGUCUUGCAAAGUAUCUUUUCAAAACCGGAGAAACAUUUGCAGCUGAUUGCUUGUCACAAGACUGCUCAGACAGUGAACUGCAGUCUGACUCUUCCUAUGACUGCUGCAACACCCUGUGUGAAGAUGUUGCCUCGCUGAAGAGCUUUGAUUCCCUCACUGGCUGUGGGGAAAUUUUUGCUGAUGAGAGCUCUGCUCACCUGGAGCUGGAGAACAGCAAAGAAGUUCUGCUGAGACGAAGCAAGUGCAAAGACAGCCCCGUCAUGGGCUCUUUCCAAGGGGGGGUGGAGCAGCUGGCCUCUCCUGGCCAGAAUGAGACUGUUGAAUUUGCAAAGUUUUGGGACAACAUCAACAAAUCAGUGAGGCUACAUCAGAGCGCUCUGUUCGAUAAGAAGUUACUGAAGAUACCUGGUCCUGAGGUGGAAAAGGCUACAAGCCAGGCUGCUACAUCUGUGACAGACCCCCAAGUGUCACCUAAUAAAGAUGGUGACAAUUCCAAAGAGAGCUCCACAGAAACAGAAACGCCAAAAAGUGACAACCAGGAAUCCACAUCCACAAGUGAUGAAGGCUACUAUGAUUCAUUCUCUCCUGGGCAAGAUGAUGACAUGAAGGAAGCUCAGACCCCUGGGGUCCCAGGUAGAUUUCCAAGAGACAGUUACAGCGGAGAUGCCCUUUAUGAGCUCUUCUAUGACCCAAAUGAAGUCAAAAUAAACCCAGUCCUAGAUGAUGACUUGUGCACAUCUGAAAGCAUUUCAGAACAAGCCAUUGAAAUCCCUUUGUCCAUUUACAGCUUUCAUGUUGGAGCUGAGGAGAACAUGGCUUCCCAACCAGCUCUAGACAUUAUCAGCCAGGGUUUUUUCCACAGCACAUGGAAAGGCAAAGAAUGUUUGCUAAAGCUUUGUGAUACUGAGCUUUCACUGACCAUGGGAAUAAUAAACUGGCUGCGAAAACACUCGGGACUCAUUUCCUCCCCUGACUCUCUUCCCAGUCUUCAAUCACAGACAGAAAAGUCCAAUGAUUCAUUGAUCCCACCCAGCCCCACUCCAGAGCAGAAAGUGAGCACAGAAGCUCAGCAGGAGAAACCAAACAAGGAAGAAUCUAAUACAUUUAACCUAUGUGUGUCUUUGGAUGAAAGCAAACAUGCAACCCAGGCCUCUUCAGUAAACGUUGCUGAAAGAGACCACAGCCUGGAAUCUUGCCCUAACACAUCUAAUUUGGAUUUCCAAGGAAAUGAAGGGAGUCACCACAAGGAUUCAUCUACAGUGCCUGGGACUGUAGAAGCCACCAGAGCAUCAAGUUAUGCACCACAAUCACAGGCUAACGGAGACAAUCUGCAGACAUCUUCAACUGAGAAUAAGAAGGUGACAAUUUCAGAAGGAUGCGAGACAUCCGGAGAUAAAAACCCACAGCCAGAAAAGCUGAACAGAGAGAGUGGCUCUCAGAGCUCUGAAAACCCUUUGUUAGAUGAUAAUCACGAAGUAGAAUCAUGUUACUCCUACAAGACUGCUGCGACCUCACUCUUGGAUCCCCUUGAGAGGGAGGACAGAAAUAAACCAAUGUAUCACACUCUCUCUAUUUCCUGUGACAAACCGCUGCAGCCUCUUGCUCUCAGACGCUUCCAGAGCUACAUUAGCCCCACACCAACAGAGGACAGCACUAACAUAGUGCAGCUCUUAGAGCGCUGUGUAACACAAGUGGCAUCAUUAAAAAUCAGCUAUGAAAACAAGCACCUCGAAGACAGAUGCAUUGGGAAUGAAAUUAAUAAUAUCAUUCGUAAGAUAUCUCAGUACAAAAACAAGUUAUUGUUACAAAAUGAAUGCAACUGCAUUGCCCAAAAUCCAGAAUGCUCCAGUAUUCCUAGCACAAACCAAUACAACUAUGAGACAAGUUUCCAAUCCAGCAGUCUGUAUAAUUUGAAGCAAAAUGUGGAGCAAAUUUGCUCUGAAGAUGAGAAAAGUAGAGCAAAAAUCCUAGAUGAGGUUACUAGAAGCAAGAUAAAUUUUGAAUAUGCCCAGCUAAAUAAUCAAGCGCUCUCCUAUUUAAAAGACUUUACAUUUGAUCUUAGUCCAAGUGACUCUGCCCCUGCUACAACUCUUAGUAGACCAACAUUUUUACCUCUCUUUAACUCUGUCUGCUCAGACAUACCUGCUACCUUGUCGCAAGCUUCAUACAGCACCACCGUCUCUCCAGCUGACUCGCUGCAGUCUAAGGAGGCCGCGCAGUGCAGCCCAGGGCCGUGGAGUUAUGCAGAGACCCCCUGCAGGGGCCUGGCUGGAGGAAGCGCUCUGUCCCCUCACCCAGAGGCAGCAACCCUGGACACAGCAGUGACAGGGAGGAACCACCAGUAA